AUGAGCUUCCACCUUACCGGUCAGGAUAUCCGUGUCGAGGACAACCACAUCCUCAUCGCCUCUCUUCAGAACGAGGAGGGCGAUUAUAUCGAGUCCUCUAUUGACCUAAACCAGUUUAUUGGAAAUGACAACGGCAACUUCCAGUGGGACGGCGAGAACUUCAGCGACACCGCUCAAAACGUCCAUUUUGCCAUUGAGGGUGGCGCGGAUGUCCCUGUUCUUCGCGGAGAGUUGCGCGACCUCGAGGGCAACUGGGAUUCCCGUGACCUUAACCUCGCCGAGCGCGUUGUGAACAACAACGGUCAAUUCGAGUUCCAGUAG